AUGCGAGUAAGUAACUUACUUAGAUUUCGCAGCACUUCUCUGCAGAGGUGCAGCAUCAAGCAGCAAUAUGUGCCACAGCACAAGCCGGCGCUGGACGAUGAUAUAAAGCGGUUGGAGGAUUUUUUGCUCUCGAAACCAAAUGUAGUUGUGUUGACCGGUGCAGGAAUCUCAACGGAAUCAGGUAUACCCGACUAUCGUUCCGAGGGUGUCGGCCUUUACGCCCGUACCAACCACAAGCCCAUCCAGCACAUGGAGUUUUUAAAAUCGUCCAACGUACGCAAACGGUACUGGGCACGCAACUUUGUGGGCUGGCCGAGCUUCUCCGGUAAACAGGCAAACGCAACACACCAUGCUCUGUCUCGUUUCGAACGCGAAAUGCGCAUUCAGUCGGUGGUCACCCAGAAUGUCGAUCGCCUUCACACCAAGGCUGGCACCAAAAACGUGGUAGAACUGCAUGGCAGUGGUUACGUGAUAAAGUGCCUGUCCUGCGAGUAUCGCACUGAUCGCCACGAGUUUCAGCACAUUUUGGCCUCCCUUAAUUCCACCUUCAAUAAUGUGCUGGAAAUGACACGGCCCGAUGGUGAUGUGGAGAUUCCACUCGAUUAUAUAGAAAACUUCAAAAUACCUGACUGUCCGCAGUGCGGUGGCGAUCUCAAGCCAGAUAUUGUCUUCUUCGGGGACUGCGUGCCCAGGCAGCGCCUCGAUAAGAUCGCUGAAAUGGUCUACAAUAGCGACGGCCUGUUAGUGCUUGGUUCUAGUCUGCUGGUUUUUUCCGGCUACCGCAUCGUUCUGCAGACCAAGGACCUCAAGUUGCCGGUGGCGAUUGUAAACAUUGGAGACACGCGGGCCGACCACUUGGCUGACAUCAAAAUUUCGGCCAAAUGCGGCGAUGUGAUACCUAAACUGUUUGACUACCGCACGAGCGGCUCGGCCAAUAGCAAUAGCUAAUAUUUGUUCUAACCGACGCCACACUAAGCGGAGAAGGGUUUGUUGAUGACAGGGACACUGUGCUGUAGUAUCACAACUUUGUAUGUCUUUAUUUACCCCGAUAAAUUACAAUAACUUUGUGUUUGAGGA